AUGUCUGACGCACAAAGAGCAUUAGAUGCAAAGAAUAAAGGUAAUGCUGCAUUCUCUGCAAAAAAGUAUGAGGAAGCAGUCCAACACUUUGAUGAAGCGAUCUCACUCGAUCCAUCGAAUCAAAUUCUUUAUAGUAACAGAUCGGCUUGUUACAAUGCUUUGAACCAAUAUGACAAAGCUUUGUUGGACGGAAACAAAGCUGUAGAGUUGAAGCCCGAUUGGUCAAAGGGUUACCUUCGUCAAGGUAAUGCUUUGUUUGGUUUGAUGAAAUAUACAGAGGCUGCCGAAGCCGCCAAGAAAGGAUUGGAAUUGGAGCCAAGCAACCCACAACUCCAGGAUCUCCAAGUCGACAUUAGAGCGGCAACACAGCCAAAGAAAUCGAUGUUUGGUCCACAGGAAAUGGCAAAAUUGGCAAUUGAUCCAAGAACACGUGACUUUAUGAGUCAACCAGAUUUCUUGGCAAAACUCAGAGAUUUCGAUAGAAACCCAGAGUCGAUGGUUCAACACCUUGGUGAUCCAAGAGUGAUGGCAGCAUUCAGCGUCAUUACAGGUGUCGAUCUUUCACAGGGAGCCGACAACAACCAACAAGAUUUCCCAUCGCCACCACCAACCAAGCCACAACCAAAGCCAGCCGAACAACCAAAACCAACACCAGCUCCAGCUAAGCCAGCACCAAUCGAGUUGACAGAGGCACAAAAGGAACGUGACGCCGGAAAUCAAUGCUACAAAAAACAAAGACUUUCCUACGAAUUGGAUCCAAAGGAUCUUUUGGCUCUCAAUAACAAGGCCGCUGUAUAUAUGGAACAACAGAGAUUCGAAGAGUGUAUCGAGCUCUGCAAGUCCGCCUCUGAAAAGGCAUCGGAGAUUCGUGCCGACUACAAGAUUCGUUCAAAGAUUUUCACACGUCUCGGAAAUGCUUACUUGAAGACCGACAAGAUCGACGAUGCAUUGAAGGCUUACAAUCACGCUAUCAUCGAAGACAAGAAUGCUGAGACAAUCGCCAACCUCUCCAAGUGUGAGAAGCUCAAGAAGGAGCGUGACGCCCAGGCUUACUUGUCGCCAGAUCUCUCGUUGAUCGCCAAGAACCAGGGUAUUGAGCAUUUCAGGAAACACGAAUUCCCAGAGGCCAUCAAAUCAUUCGAAGAAGCUAUUCGUCGUAACCCAGUCGACCAUACCAUUUACAGCAAUCGUUCGGCUGCCUACUACAAGUUGACUGAAUAUCCAUUGGCCGUUAAAGAUGCGGAAAAGACCAUCGAGUUGGCACCCAAUUUCAUUAAAGGAUACAUCAGAAAAGCCAAUGCAUUGUUUGCUUUGCGUGAAUAUCAAAAGGCAUUGGAGGCAUGCGAUCAAGGUCUUCGUAUCGAGGAGAACAAUCCAGAGUUGGUCGAAAUUUCCAACAAGACAUUCCUUGCCAUCAGAAAGCAAGAGAGCAACAUGACCGACGAGGAAAGAAUCGAAAACGCUGCAAAGAAUCCAGAGAUCAGAGACAUUUUACAAGAUCCAAUCAUGAACCAAAUCUUACAAGACAUGCAAACCAACCCAGGUGCCAUCCAAGAUCAUCUCAAGAAUCCAAUGAUCAAAGCCAAGUUUGAUAAAUUAGUUAGAGCUGGUGUUGUAAGAAUGGGUGAGACGGCCAAACAAGAAUACUAUUAA